AUGCUUACUUGCAAAGUUUGCUCAAUACCAUUCAACAAACCAAGUUCUCUUAGAACUCAUCAAAGAGAUCAGCAUUCGUCAUCUGCUCAAAUUACACUCUCAGGCAAAAGAUUAUUAUUAGAGAGUAACUCAAAAUUUAAGUGCUUUUGUCGAAAUUAUUUUGAAACAGUUCGUGGCCUUCAGCGUCACUACAAUAGAAAAAGAUGUACAGCUCCUGAGGAUUUGAACUCAUCUCAAGUUGAAUCUUCACGAUUGUCAACAUCAUCAACUUCAAGUAAUAUUGGCGAUAAAACCGUUGAUGCUCGCUCUGAUUCAGUUGCCUUUUCUUCUGCUAGCUCCGAAAAAAUAAAAUUAGUGACAGACCUCAGCUACAAUGUCUUUGAGAGUUCUUAUAAGAUAAUAAAUAACCAAAAAAAAUGGAAAUUAUGUUCAGGAAGAACUGUAGAAGAUAUUCUUUAUGAUUAUGGGAUAGAACAGGAACGAGAGAAUGCUGUGCAUUCAUUUAUCCUUGAUAAAUCCGACCCAGAGAUGGAGAAGAUUUUCACUGAACAAGAAUGGGAUGAAAUCAAUGAUGAAAGUGAUGUAGAAACUAUGUCUUUGCCGAAGAACAUACUUACUUUGAUACAAGAAAUGAAUAAGUCAGACAUCAGGGAAGUAAAAAAGGUUCUCUUAAAGUAUGCAAAGAUAAGAUACUCCGAUUAUUCUUCUGAAAAAGGGUUUCAUAUCGAUAAACUAUGUUAUGCAGUCAAAUCGAUAUUAGAACAAUGGUACAAUAGUAACGUUUGGGUUCCUAUUAUCGAUAAAUUGUUCGGCAACCUUGAUGGAAUCAAUUGCAUCAGAGACAACAAGUCAUCUUUCUCAAGCCGCAAAAGAAAGAGAGAGGCUGAAGGGAAUAAGCCGUUGGAAUUUGGUGCGUGUGAGGCAGCAUCCUUUUAUGAUGAUACAAUGGGAAAAAAGUAUAAUUAUGAAUCAAGGCUGAAGCUUCCGAAAAUUCUAAAAGACAUGCUCUUCAAUUUAUCGAAAAGCUAUGAAAUUAGCUCUGACUUGAACUGCUUCGUGAAAACGUUAGAAGUAUUAACUAUAUCUUUGACCAUGAAGUUCCGGCUUGAAAGAAGCAUAAAAUUGAUCAAAAACCCAACGAUAGAUAUCUCCUCCUUUGAAUUCAAAAAACCUUCCACUCCAACCCUCCCAGCUUCUAUACAACCCUACCCUCACCCUAAAUGA